CAUUGGGGGUCCUUUGUGUUCCUCAUUUUCAAGUGUACACUUCUGGGCACUGUCUCAAGGGCACAAGUAGCAGACUCAUCCCAAUCCCUGGUAAUUCUUCUUCUCACCCCUUUCCCUUUUCCUCAGUCCUAAACAAUAUGCGCAAUCGAUAUCUUUCAGCUUCAAUUACUUCCCUGAGAGGCCUAUGCUUCCACGAGACCGCUAUCCUUUCAAGCCUCCAUAGUAAACAAUAUGGUUUCUUUACUUCCCCAAUCGAACCCAUCUCGCAUCUUCCAAAUUACAAUCAUCCCUUUCUCAACCACCCUUUGUUUCAUUCAGCCCAACUUCCUGUGCGUUCUUUUUGUUCGGAGAUCGCUGCACGGGAUCAAAUUCUUGAUUCUGUUAUUGAAGGUAAGGCUUUAGAAGGUGACGUUGAUAAGCUUUUCGAAACUAUUAUGGAUAAUGCUCAGCCACAUUGUGACAUGGAGAAAGCUCUUGACGGGCUUGGUGUACCAUUGACUACUGAUCUGGUUGUUCAGGUGCUUCAUAGGUUUCGUUUCGAGGAGAAACUGGCGUUUAGGUUUUUCAUGUGGGCGGGCCAGAAGGAAAACUAUGAUCAUGAAGCUCAGGCGUACAAUGAUAUGAUUGAUAUAUUGUCUAGUACCAGGUACAAGGUGAAGCAGUUCCGAAUUGUUUGUGAUUUGCUGGAUUAUAUGAAGAGGCAUAAGAAGAGUAAGGUUCCUGUUGAGGUACUCGUCACGAUUUUGAAGCAGUAUACGGAGAAGCAUCUGACGUAUCUGCAGAAAUUUGCCAAGAAGAAGAAGAUUAGGGUGAAGACGCAGCCGGAGAUCAAUGCCUUGAACUUUCUGUUGGAUGCCCUUUGCAAGUGCAGUCUUGUACAGGAUGCCGAACAGAUGUUAAAGAGGGUGAAGAAAUCUAUUAAGCCUGAUGCAAAUACGUACAACAUUUUGUUUUUCGGUUGGUGUAGAGUCAGGAAUCCGAGUAGAGGAAUGCGGUUGCUUGAAGAGAUGAUCGAAGUGGGUCACACGCCGGAUAAUUUCACUUACAUUACCGCCAUUGAUGCCUUUUGCAAAGCAGGGAUGGUUACUGAGGCAGCUGAACUUUUUGAGUUCAUGCGAAUAAAAGGUUCUACGAUCUCUUCUCCUACUGCAAAAAGUUAUGCGAUCAUGAUUGUGGCACUCGUGGAGAAUGACAGGAUGGAGGAGUGCUUCAAACUUAUGGGACACAUGAUAAGUAGUGGCUGCCUUCCUGAUGUUUCUACAUACAAGGAACUACUAGAGGGGAUGUGUUUGGCUGGAAAGAUCGAGGAGGCUUACAAUUUUUUGCAAGAGAUGGGAAACAAAGGUUACCCUCCUGAUAUAGUUACCUAUAACUGUUUUCUCAAGGUUCUUUGUGAGAAUAAAAAGGGUGAUGAAGCACUUAAGCUUUAUGGAAGAAUGAUCGAUGUAGGUUGUAUGCCUAGUGUGCAGACUUACAAUAUGCUGAUUUCAAUGUACUUUGAGAUGGGCGAUCCUGAUGGGGCAUUUGAGACUUGGCAUGAGAUGGAUAAGAGGGCUUGUGCACCGGAUACUGAUACUUAUUGCAUGAUGAUUGAAGGGCUUUUCGGUUGCAAUAAAGUGGAAGAUGCGUGUUGUUUGUUGGAAGAUGUAGUGAACAACGGAAUGAAAUUGCCAUAUACCAAAUUUGACUCCUUUAUGAUGCAGCUUUCUGUGAUUGGUGAUCUUCAAGCCAUCCACAGGCUUUCGGAGCAUAUGAGGAAGUUCUACAAUCCUUCUAUGGCCAGACGCUUCGCAUUGAACCAAAAGCGGAGAAGCCUGAGUUUGAGAGAGCACUAACAAUAUCACUGCAU